AGUCAUCAGAGUGACAGGAUGGAGCUCAGUCCACUCCCUGUGAUGCUCUUGCUGAUUUCACUCAUACCAGUGGUCCAGGCUCAAGUAAAACCCAAACCGACUGUGAGAGUGAAUCCUCAGAGCUCCGUCUACACUGGAGACACCGUCACUCUGAGCUGUGAGCUGCAGCAGGAGACUGGAUGGGAGUUUCAAUGGUACAAAAAUAAUCAGCUGUUACAGAAUCUGAACAGUGUAAAAGUGAACACACUUAAUGUUACUGUCGGUAAUGCAGGAGAAACAGAGUACAAGUGUCGAGCACGCAGGAGAAAUAUCUACUACACAGAGUUCAGUGAUCCUGUCAAGAUUACAGUGAGAGUAAAACCCAAACCGACUGUGAGAGUGAAUCCUCAGAGCUCCAUCUACACUGGAGACACCGUCACUCUGAGCUGUGAGCUGCAGCAGGAGACUGGAUGGGAGAUUCAGUGGUACAAAAAUAAUCAGCUGUUACAGAAUCUGAGCAGUGAACAAGUGAACACACUUAAAGUGACAGUAGAUAAUGCAGGAGAAACAGAGUACAAGUGUUGGGCAUACAGGAGAAACUACUACAGCUAUUACAUGACACAGUUCAGUGAUCCUUUCAAUGUUAGAGUGAGAGUGAGACCUAAACCAGUAGCAUCCAUAAAUCCUGAUAAUCAGGUGUUCAGUGGAGACACCGUCACUCUGAGAUGUGACAUACAGGAUGAAAGUGUCUCUAGCUGGCAGUACAGCUGGUAUAAAGAUACUUCACACAGUCCUGUCAGUAGUGAACAGGUGUACAGAAUCAGUGGUGUUGAAGUGACCCACACAGGUACAUACACUUGUAGAGGAGCAGAGAGAGUAGGCUCACGCUCCUCACACUACAGUGAUGUUAUUACACUGACUGUAUCAGUAAAACCCAAACCGACUGUGAGAGUGAAUCCUCAGAGCUCCGUCUACACUGGAGACACCGUCACUCUGAGCUGUGAGCUGCAGCAGGAGACUGGAUGGGAGUUUUACUGGUACAAAAAUAAUCAGCUGUUACAGAAUCUGAACAGUGAACAAGUGAACACACUUAAAGUGACAGUCGAUAAUGCAGGAGAAACAGAGUACAAGUGUCGAGCAUAUGGGAGAAACUACAACUAUCACCACUACUACUUUGACUACACAGAGUUCAGUGAUCCUGUCAAGAUUACAGUGAGAGUAAAACCCAAACCGACUGUGAGAGUGAAUCCUCAGAGCUCCGUCUACACUGGAGACACCGUCACUCUGAGCUGUGAGCUGCAGCAGGAGACUGGAUGGGAGUUUUACUGGUACAAAAAUAAUCAGCUGUUACAGAAUCUGAACAGUGAACAAGUGAACACACUUAAAGUGACAGUCGAUAAUGCAGGAGAAACAGAGUACAAGUGUCGAGCAUACAGGAGAAACAACUACACAGAGUUCAGUGAUCCUGUCAAGAUUACAGUGAGAGGUGAAUCUCCUCCAGUCUCUCUGAUCAUCAAUCCCAGCAGAACUCAACACUUUACUAAUGACUCUCUCUCACUGAGCUGUGAGGACCAGAGUAAGUCUACUGGAUGGACAGUGAGACGAUACACACACAGUGAGAGAGUGUUAGAUUGUUCACACUGGGGAUCAGUUACAGGAUCUACAUGUAACAUCAGCUUCCUCUCCACAUCCUACACUGGAGUUUACUGGUGUGAGUCUGAAUCUGGAGAAAACAGUAAUCCUGUCAACAUCACAGUGCAUGAUGGUGAUGUGAUCCUGGAGAGUCCUGUCCAUCCUGUGACUGAGGGACAUCCUCUGACUCUACGCUGUUUAUAUCACAACCCAAAUCCCUCAAACCUCACAGCUGAUUUCUAUAAAGAUGGAUCAGUUCUCCAGAAACAGACUACAGGAGAGAUGAUCAUCCAAACUGUCUCAAAGUCAGAUGAAGGUUUCUACCACUGUGAACACCCAGAGAGAGGAGAGUCACUGAAAAGCUGGGUCUCAGUCAGACGUCCAUCACCUGUAGAAGCUCCAUUCUCAGUGCUCAUGCUGAUCUGUAGUGUGGUGACGGCCUCUCCGUAUCUGCUGGUGACCAUCAUUCUGCUGGUCAAAUGUUACAGAGCUCGAGAUCACACUGAUGAAGACAGGAUUGAGAAUGCAGUCAUAGAGGAGUGAGCAAAGUUCAUCUAUAAAAAGAAUAAACAUUUUUACUGAAAUUUACUGAUUUACUGAAAAAGAUUGUUUCAGAAUUUCUUUUUCUUUAUGGUUUUGUGUGGAUUUUAAAAUAAUACUGAUUUGUCAUUUUAAUGUCCUGCUGUUAUUUGCUCAGCGUCUUUUAGACACCGUCACUGUUCUGUAUGGAUUUGUUUAGUUAAAGUCUGCAAACCUCCUCAUGAGUGAAGGUCAAUGUGUGUGUAAUCUCCGAUAAAGCUUACAGUCUGUUAAAACAAUAGUAAACACUCAGAAAUAUAUCUUUAAAAAAAGACAAAAAAUUUGAAAACAGUAUUAAUUGCAAGCUGGAAACUAGCAUCAUUGGGGGAUAUAAAGACUAAUAGGUUUGUUUAGUGCAGCACUGAGAUUUACUCAAUAGUUAAACUUGUUUUAUAUUGUGUACAUACUAAGUUUAUUGACUGUUAUCUGAAAUAUGGUGCAGAACUAAUUGUGUUUUGUGUUUUCUCAGUAUUAGUUCUACCACUUCUGUAUUUGUACUGCUGUGUUUUCUAUUUCUUGUGAGAUUUUCUCUAGUUGAAUAUUUAGUUGUAGACUUACAAUCUCAGUUAGACGCUGUUAUUAGUUUUGGUUGAUGUUUCAGCUGUGUGAACUUUAAUUGUAGUUGUGUGAGGAGAUUUAUGGAUGAAAUGUUUGAUCAAUUAAAUAAAUGCAUCAUUAUCAA